CCCUUUUUCAAAAUGGCGGACGCAGACGAGUUGAACAAGGCGAAUGAUUGAUCAACCACAAGAUUUUGGGUUAAAAUGUUUCGCCACCCUUUAAAAGGCGUCAGAGUUGUAACAAUAUACGCCAGUAUAGCUCUUCGUAACUUCCGGUGCCCCUUCAAAGUGAAUCAAGCAAGGUUAUUAUCAAAUGUGAUCAGCACCCUUGGGCCACACUUGAAAAAUCUUGUGAAACAACAUGAAGAAAUCACCGAGAAGUUGUCAGUUACUGAGGAAAUCAAGGAUUUAGAUGAAAUGAUAUCAGAAAUUGGUGGAGAGUUGGGAAAAUUUGCAGAAGAGGAAAAGAAGCAAGCUCUCAAUGAUAUAAAGAAAACUGAGGACGAGUUGCUCAAGGCUCUCAUUCCUCAGGAUGAUGAUGAUGAAAACAGUGCUAUACUGGAAUUAAGGGCUGGCACUGGUGGAAAAGAAGCAUCUUUGUUUACUGAGGAGAUGUUGCCAAUGUAUCAGAGGUUUGCAGCUUACAAGAACUGGAAAUUUGAAAUUCUGAACAUAAGUAAAAGUGAAGGUGGUGGCAUUAAGGAAGCUUCUGUGAGUAUUGUUGGGAGUGGCGUAUUCGGCACGAUGAAGUUUGAAACUGGUGUCCAUAGAGUACAAAGAGUUCCACAGACAGAGUCAUUAGGCCGUGUUCACACUAGCACUAUGACCGUGGCAGUGUUACCUCAGCCUGAAGAGGUAGACGUGGUGAUUAAUCCAAAUGAUCUCAAAAUUGAUACAUUUAGAGCAUCUGGAGCUGGCGGCCAGCAUGUCAACAAAACUGAUUCUGCAGUCAGAAUAACUCAUUUGCCCACAGGACUUGUGGUCGGUUGUCAAGAAGAACGAUCUCAGAUUCAGAAUAGAUUCAGAGCCUUACAAAUUUUGCGAACCCGUCUCUACGAUAUGCAACGUCGACAACUGGAUUCAGAAAGAUCUGUAGCCCGCAGAAAACAGAUUGGAAGUGGAGAACGAUCAGAAAAGAUAAGGACUUAUAACUUCCCUCAGGGCCGAGUGACUGAUCACAGAAUAGGCAUGACAGAGCACGGAGCAGAACUAUUUCUGGAAGGAGAAGACAAACUUAAUCACAUGAUCAUGGCUUUGCAAUCUCAACAUGAAGCCGAGGCGCUACAGGAGCUGACCAGCCAAUAUGGCAGUGGGAAGAAAGGGACUAGAUAACCAAAGGAAAAUAGCAAAACUCCGACAAAGGCACUAACACGGUGCUUUCUAGUGGGCUCAUCAUCUCACGGAUUUUAUUGUGCAACAGACAACUUGAAAGUGGCUAGACGAUUAAAUAGUAGUAUUUAUAUUGACUUCUAAGGCUUCUAAGACGCAAAUUCUAUGUACAUAUAAGUUGGUUCUGUAUUUCUUGCUUAAUAAAGAGCAAAUUGGUGCAUGAUAAACAAUAAGUUUUAUUAGAAAAUGUUGAAGCAA